AUGAGCCACAACUUCACUGUGGUAACUCCGCUGGAGGAAAGCGAGCAGCCAAGCAGGGAUUUUGCCGUAUCUCCUGAGGAAUCCUCUAGAGCUGCCUUAUCGAACGGAGUAGGAGAACCAUCUGCCUCCCCCCUCUUAGGCCCGAAUGACGCGACCCCAAAUGGCCCGUCGUCCGACAACGCCGCUAACGCCGGGGCAGAUGCAGAGUUGCUAAAGCAGCAGCUUCAACUUAUUCAGCUAUGCUUCGCCGAGCAUGAGUUCGGCAUCAUCGUGGACGAAGACGACUACGCCGGCGGUAGCACCAGCUCGUCGUCUAGCAGUGAUGCCUCCUCACUUUCCUCUUCCUUUGACUCAGUGAACGGCUACAACAGCGCGCAGCAACGGCGCCGCCCGCACGGACUUCCCGCCUAUGAUCCGCUGACGUUUGUGAAAGGGAAGGUGCAGCAUGGCGUUCCGCUCACCUCCUUGUCCCAAGACCUGCUCACUUAUGCGGCGUACCUGGAGGAGAAGAUUGCGCAGUGCGUGAAAACCGACGUACACACAGCGUUUGUGAACGUGUCAGGCCACCUCGUGGGGAUGCGCGACGAGCUUUCCUACAUGGCGAGCCCCCUCACCGCAGCAAUGGAGAAGUUGUCUACUGCCGUCGGUCAGCUCUCGAUGAUGUCGCAGAAGGUGAAGGGCAAGGUGGAGGCGUCGUGCGUUGCUGAGAUGGAGCGCGCUUUCGACGCCAUGUACCUGAGGUGCAUGGCUGUGUACGAGACCAUAGCCUACCAACUAGACGACCUCGCCGGGCUGCUGCACAUAACGGCAGAUUCCGCAGCGUGGACAUCGCGCAGCGCCGCCACUGGCACUGGCACAAGUGGCCGUAGUGCGUCAAUACUCCCACUCGCGAUGGCAUCGCGGGAUGGCAGCGACACAAGCGGCACAGUCGCAGGAAAGGUGACUUUCUCGAUCGCAUCCGAUGCCCGUCUGUCUGAUGCCGCAUUGGAUGUUCUCGAGGACGCGGUGCUGCUCUUCCAGGAGCUGAAGGAAUUCCAUCAGCGCCUCGCAUCGUUGCCGUCACGCCAGCAGGAAAGGGUGGAGGUGGUGUCGUAUGUCGCUGCUGCCGAGCAAUCCGUGAUGGGCGUCUUGGAAGUCGUCUUGUCUCACACCAGUCCGUUUGCUGUCAGCCCCACUUCAAAGAACGACGCCGCUUCUUCCAUGUCGUCUCCGUCUGCGACGGCAGGCAAUGAGUCGGCCACUUCUGCGUCCCUGACGGUGGGCUCGCCUGUUGCUUGGCAGCUCUUCGGCCGUGUCGUGGAGCUCUAUGCUCAGAUGGGUGAAGUGAAGCAGUUCUCCGCAGUUUUCCGCAACGUCGUGCUGCGUCCGCAAUUGGAGACGGUAGUUUCAUGGAAAGCGGCCACACAGGCUCGGCAGAGCACCGAGGGUACGGUGGCGCUUCUGAAGCGGGUGAAAGUCGUAUUGCAGACCACUUUCUUGCCGUUAUUACCGUUGCUACGCGAGCACUACGGCCCCACCUUGCAUCCAACGGCGACGAUCGUGUGGCCUCUCUUGAGUGAAACGCUGGUCAAGAAGUUGCCGUCGCUUUAUGAGGUCGGCGUUCCGAAUCACUUUCAAGCUAAGUAUAUGGCGGCCUACGAGCUGCUAGCGAUCGUUGAGAGCUCCUGUGCCGACCUGGAGGAGCUGGCAGUCUUGCGUGAAUCAUCGGAUGUCAUCCUAUGGAAUCACAAAUGGAACCUUAACGUCUACGCCGCGUUGCGUGUGAGUGAGGUGGACAAGGCGCUGCAGUCCGUCUCCUCCUCGCUUGACCGUCUUCCGGCGGCGGCGAACAGUCACUACCACUUCCGCCUGUUCUACAUCGCUCAGCAGCAGCUGCUGCACCUCUUUUCGUCCUCCGUGUUUUUGCUGUUGUGCACGCCGUUGUUUCUGCGACAGACUGUUGUGUGCUGCUACCGGGUGCUGAUGCGGGUGCAGGAGGCAGUGCUGAAGACGACGCCGACUCACAGUGACCCGACGGCGGAGGAAAAGAGACUGACAGAUGCACCAGAGUCUGAAAGCAGCAGCCCCCCCGCCGAGGGGACCCACGAAACGUUGCUGUUAGUGAUCUCCGACGCCCACACGCUGCGCACCUUUCUUACGGGACAGCUGCUAGACGUCAUCCUCGGUCGGUUAGCAGCGAGGUCAGGGUGUGCGCUGACUGAAAUGACCUCCAUGACUGCCACGACCUCUAGCGCGCCUUCGUCCGAGCGUACCACAAAGGACUUGGUCACGGACAUCCUGCAGUUCGCCAGCGCAUCCGUGUGCAGCCAGUUCGUGCAGCGGAUGAGUGAGGCACUCGUGCGUCAGAUCACCGACGCCGUGGUAGUACCACUGCAAAAUCUCAAGUCUGUCCGCUCCAUGUACUCACACACGCGCAAGACGAUGCCGUCUGCUCCCUCCUGGUACGUCGCUCCUGCGCUACAUCCACUGCAGAAGUUUGCAGAGGAGGCGCUGCGAAGCGGGUUUAAUGAAACGGCGCUUCAGGACAGUGUGGCGGAGAUGCUGCGGGCAGUCAUCGCGCACUUUGUGGCGCUGGCCAGAGAAACGCUGCUAACGGCCAAGAAGACAGAGGAAAGCUGGGAGAAGCUGCGCCGCCGCAAGGAGGGGUCUUUGAUGUCACAGGUGGCAGAGGCUACUCCUGGCAGCAGCGAGGAAGCCAGUGCGGGCGCCGUAUCGGCUGUUGGCGGACAACGCGUCACUAUGGAGACUGCAACGGACCGUGACAAAAUGACGAUUCAGCUAUGGAUGGAUGCCCGCGCCAUGCUGGAGGGUGUGCAGGCCCCUCCGCUCAGCUUACCGUCUGUGACUGCCGCGGAGUUUUUCGAACCGGCGUUUGACUUGCUGCGCCGCGCUGAGUGGAUUCAAGGUGGCGACAUCCCUGAACCACCGGACGUCGAUGCGUAG